AUGCAACCACCCAUGGCCGACGGCCGUCAUCAGCAGCUCGGCCAGAUUUGCUACGUUCCUCUCUACAUCGUGCCCCAGGGGACUGCGGGCGGGCCGUCGGUUGACAUGGCCUCCCUUCAGUCCUGCGCGGCUGCCAUGGCCGCCGCUGGCGGUGCCUCGGCGCAACCCCAGUUCUCCUUCAGCCCUUUCUUCGUGCAGCUGCCCGCACCGCCGGCCUCGUCUGCGCCGUCAUCAUCAUCCUCGGCGCCCCCGUCGCCCGGCACCUCAUCAUCCUCGCCCGCAUCGCCCGGCCAAAGCUACGCCCACCAGCGUCAGCAGGCGCAACUCGCCCAGCUCGCCCAGCACUACGCGGCCCUUCAGCACCAGCAGCAGCAACGAGCGCCCGCAGCCGGUCUCGCGGAGUACCGGUUGGCCAACUUUGCGUCGCUCCUGCCGUCGGCCGGCGGCAGCGCGCCACAGACGCAGCAGCAGCCCGGACAGCUGCCGUCGCCGUUCGUGGUACCCUCGCUCGCGGCGCUGCCUCAUCUGGCCGCCGCUGCGGCGGCUGGUGCCCAGCAGGCCCACUUCCAGUUCCCCUUCCAGCUCCAGAGCUCGGCGGGGCUCUUCACCGGGCCGCCUCCCACCGCAGCAGCCGAGGCAUCGACGACCAGCACCUGCACCACGUCGUCGAGUGACCCGGCGACGACCGGCAGCAGCUGCACCACGUCGGGCAAGAAGGAGAUCAAGUUCAAGUACCACAUGUCGAUCAUGCCGCAGCUGGCCACCAACGCUGGCGCGCCGGCGCCGCCCAAGGUGGAGAUGAAGAAGAAGCGCAAGCCGCGCAUGCGUAUCACCGGGCGCGUGUGCACGCACUGCGGCGCCACCAAGACGACCGAGUGGCGAAUGGGUCCCGAGGGCCGAGGCACCCUGUGCAACGCAUGUGGGCUUCGGUACCGCAAGAAGUUGCUCAUGGACGGACAAAAGGACCCCAACGCCAAGAUCACGAUGAGCAUGCUCCUCAACGCCACCAAGAAGACCACCAAGCCGGGCAGUUCUUCGGCCAAGGACGAAGGUCCCUCUUCCAGCCCGACCCGGCGCUCGGACGACGAAUCGCCGUGA